CUUGAAGCUUAUAUUUAUCACAUUGGUUUAUUUGUGUGCCUGCGCCGGAGUUUAUCGUUCUGAUGAGUCGCGUCUUGUGUCAGAGGGUUGUGUACGUGCAACUGAGAACUGUAAUGGCACGGAAUUCAUCUUCCUACCUCAUUGAGGACCCGAAAUACUCAUUUUUGAAAGAGUUGGGCUUGGAGAAGAAGAAUGUGGGUGUUUUCAAUGGGAAAUGGCAGGCUGGUGGACAGGUUAUCCAGUCAUACAGCCCUGCUAACGGGAAGAUCAUAGCCGAGGUUCAAGCGGCGAGUCCCUCAGACUAUGAGGAGUGUGCUAAGGCGUCGCAGGAGGCCUGGCACUCGUGGGCGGAGAUGCCAGCACCCGCCCGGGGGGAAAUCGUCCGCCAGAUAGGAGACGCUCUGAGGGAGAAGUUACAACCUUUGGGGCAACUCGUGUCUUUGGAAAUGGGCAAAAUCCUGCCCGAAGCGAUAGGCGAGGUGGUAGAAUACAUCCACGUGUGCGACUUAGCAUUGGGCCUGUCUCGUACUCUUCCCGGGACCAUCUUCCCGUCGGAGCGUCCCGGUCACGUGCUCAUCGAGAAGUGGAACCCCCUGGGUGUAAUCGGGAUCAUCACAGCCUUUAACUUCCCCGUCGCCGUGUUUGGGUGGAACAGCGCUAUUGCUAUGGUAUGCGGAGACACCAGCGUCUGGAAACCUUCAGACACAACCCCAUUGGUCGCCGUGGCGGUCACCAAGAUAGUUGAAAGUGUGCUGAAGAAGAAUAACAUCCCUGGUGCAAUCGCGUCUUUGUGCGUGGGCGGCAAAGAUGUCGGUCAGCGAUUAGUUAAAGACGACAGGAUGAAACUCGUAUCAUUUACUGGAAGCACUGCGGUUGGACAGGAGGUAGGCGUAGAAGUGCAGCGUCGUUUUGGGCGCCAUCUGUUGGAGCUUGGCGGUAAUAACGCCAUCAUCGUCAAUUCGGACGCGAACCUUGAUUUGCUUCUCUCGGCCGCAUUAUUCGCGUGUGCUGGUACCGCCGGACAGAGAUGCACGACUACUAGAAGAUUGCUCAUACACAAGAAGGUGUAUAACGAGGUUGUAACAAAGCUGAAGAAGUCCUUCGCGGGUGUUGUCAGCAAGAUCGGGGAUCCCCUACUAGAAGACACCCUCAUUGGUCCACUCCAUACUCCGGCCGCUGUGGAGGCCUACAAGCGAACAGUAGCCGAAGCCGUCAAACAAGGGGGAAAGGUGGAAUUUGGAGGCAAGGUGAUAGACCGCGAAGGCUAUUUCGUUGAGCCGACGAUCAUCACGAGCCUGCCACACGACUCGCCGCUGGUCAAGUCGGAGUGUUUCGCGCCAAUCGUCUACUGCAUCGAGAUCCCGGAUCUAGACACCGGCAUUCGGUACAACAACGAGGUGGACCAGGGACUGUCGUCAAGUCUCUUCACGGAGAAUCUUGGGGAUGUUUUUAAGUGGAUCGGCCCCCACGGGUCGGACUGCGGCAUCGUAAACAUCAACAUCCCCACCAACGGCGCGGAGGUGGGGGGAGCCUUCGGGGGGGAGAAGGCGACGGGGGGCGGCCGGGAGUGCGGCUCCGACUCCUGGAAGAACUACAUGCGACGCUCCACCGUCACCAUCAAUUAUUCCGGAGCGAUCAAGCUGGCGCAAAACAUCAAGUUUGGAGACGAAUAAUUAGACACUUUCUAGCUAUCUUUGGAAACGAAUUUCAAAAAUGUUUCUGAACGGAACGCCCACAAACAUUUGCGCACUGGAUGCAGAAAUAAGAUUCAAGAAUGAUUACGAAAAAUAUUCUUGAUACAGAAAUUUUGCAAGUUUGUAACGUCUAAAUUUUUAUUUCUCUUAAUACAACUCAUUAUUAUCCCGUCUUUUCUUAAAUACCCAUAAAGAACUAAAAAUAGGUACUAUAUAAUUAAUUGUUAAUGAGUUCUAUGUAAAUAAGCAUUUUAGAUUAAGUUGUGAUAAGUGAUGUCUAUUUUAUAUUGACUGAUUUGAAAAUAAAACAUAUUUUUUUAUUAUAA